AUGCUGGAUGCAAUAGAAACCCGUCUUUUUGUUGGUGACCCAGAGACUUUCCAGAUUGAUAACCAGACAGCAAGAGUUCCAUAUGAUAGUACACUUGCAAUGACCAGUGGCCACUUUCAAAUUGCUGGAGAACUUAUGGCAGCUUCCAUUGUCCAGGGUGGUCCUGCGCCAGAUUUUUUGGCUGAAUGGGUAUACAAAGUAUCUUUCAUCAGGGAUAGAAGGAAUUACGGUUGAUGAAAGCAAGAUUGAAGAUCAAUCAGUUAGACAACUUAUAACAAGAGUAAGUACAUUUUUUAUCUUAUUUUACCAGAUGAUUACAUUGAAAUAGAAUAAAAAACAUUUAUUCAGAAAUAAUAAAAUCUCUCUCUAUGCAUAUCUCUAUAUGUAUGUAUAUAUGUCUAUGCAUAAAAUACCAUCUCACAAACUGUAGGUUUCAUUAUUUUGUGAUUAACCCAUUAAGCGAUAGUGCACUCAAAUAUGCCAGAUGUAUUUUACUGUGAUGCAAGAUUAUUUUACUUCUAGACUAUUUUAUUUUGCUUGCAUGGGCUACCGCACCAUACUCCACUUUUCAUUUUUGUUUAAAAAGACUGCUGGCUCAUUGUGUUUCAUUCUUCUAUUUGUAGUUACAAACAGUAGACUCAGACAAAAAGUUUCAAGAUUUGCUUAUGCAAGACAAUGUUUUGGACCAACUUUCCAAAAUUGGAUAUAGAGGUGUGCCUCAUAGAGAAUCAUUGAAAAAUAAACCAUCCCUGAUAAGGUAUGCUAUAUGGACACUGUGA